AAACAAUUGAACUGCGUUCGAAGCACUCGAAACGAAGUUUUAACAAUACUUUUUAACUCGUAAAAAAUACGUAUUUAUACCGUGAUUAGUGACCCCAAACACACACACACACACACACACACACACACACACACACACACAACAUGGAGUACCUAACAGGUCUAUCGCAAAAGGAGAAUGUUCGCGCAGCCUGCAAAAAGUGUGGCUUUCCAGGACACCUGACGUAUCAGUGCCGGAACUACCUGACGGUCGAUCCGCAAAGCCAAGCCGUAGUACCGGUCCAAAAGCGUCCAGGUAGUGAAUCGCCCGAACAGAACUACCUCACACCACUGCAAGAGCUCCGGAAGCAGGAAGAGGAAGAAGAAAAGCGCAAAGCAGAGAAAGCGGCCCGCAAAGAACGCAAGGAACGGGCACGCCGCGUAAAGGAGGCACGCAAGGAGAAAAAGAAGCGCAAGCAUCGGAAAAGAUCCCGCUCGAGCAGAUCGGACGAUAGCGAUAGUUCGGAUAGGAGCACUAGCAGCAGCAGUAGUAGUAGUAGUAGCGAUAGUAAGCACAAAAAGAAAACCAAAAAGCGAUACAGGAAAAGGGAAGUGAAGCAAAGCAAAAGGGAAGUGAAAAAGUCCAAAAAGGUUAGGCACAGGCGCAAGCGAAAGGAUUCCGACAGUAGCUCGGACAGCUAGAGAGCAUCCGGAAUCAAUCACUCAAUUGUGUUUAAGGACAAUAGCUGUAUACAUACAUACACAUACACUUGAAAAACAGAUCAUGAAUUGCAAUACAUUUACGUUGAUGAAAAAACGUGAUCAUUU